CCGGGGAACGUAGGACCCCGUCCCAACCAUCUCCUCCGUCCGCCGCCUCCGCCGUCGCGCCGAUCUCCCCCAUCACGGCGAGCAGCGGUGACCGGCGUCCUGCUGCUUCAGGCCGCCGCGCACACCCGCCUCUGACUCCUUGCGCCGCCCAAGCCAAUCUCCCUGUCCCCCUCGGCCUCGCCUCCCGGAGAGGUCUCCUUCGCGAUCGAGUUCGCCUGCCGCCUGCGCGGCUGCGCCGAUCCCGAGCACCGGUGCCGGCGCCCUGCUGCUUCCGCCUCCGAAAUUUGAGGCUUCAGAUGAAUCCCCAGGCCCGAAGUUAGGUCCGCCCCUGGUUAGAAGAUGGCUGAAGCAUGUACGGUUUCACAAGAUAAUGGUAGGCGCUGCCUCCCCGCAUGGAUGCUGAAGCCAUGCUCAAACGAUGAAGUGUCAAAGACUCGAUAUCGGAGUGAGCCGGUGUUGGAAUCCAAUAAACAACCAGCUGAUUUGGAUCAGAUCAAGCCAGCCAAAAGGAAAAGGGGAGAGCAGGUUAAAAUUGUGGAUGAAGAGGAUGCGGAUGAACUGGGAGCUUUGCAGCCGUGUCAGGGUUGGAAAAAGGUGAGGAGAAAGCGCUUGGAUGCUGUCAAAGAUGAUAAUAAUGGAGAAAAUGCAAAAAUAACUAAUAAGAAUGCAAGGAAAGUAAGCAGGAGAUCUGCUCCAAAGAACAGCGGUAAACGGAAACUGGACAAUGUUGAGCCAGAAGUAUCAUCGUCAGAAUCAAUUGAUGAUGAUAUAGAGCUUACUGUGGAAGAUCUUUUGAGCAUAGCUGAAGAGUAUGUAAAAGCUGAUAGAUUGAAGCAGCAUGAAGUGAAAACAACAAAGACAGCCAGAUACAAUGAGAAUCGUUGCAGUCCUUCAAUUUCCACCGAGGCAGAUAUAGGAGGAUCAAUAAUAAAUGCUCGAUCAAUGAUGGGAUUGCCAGACACAACUAGGAAUGCUAGAUCAAUGAAGGGAUUGCCAGACACAACGAUGAAUGCUCAAUCAAUGAAGGGAUUGCCAGACACAGCUGAAACAAAUACAGCUCCAAGUGAGCCUAGCAGAUAUGAGAUCAACAAACAACAAGUACAGCAAUGUACGCCAAGUUUCACCGCAACAUGUGAUGUUGCUCAGGAUAUGUUAAACAUAUUUUUCGGUCCUCUGUUGAGUAAAUGUUCAGGGUAUGAAAAGAAACCAGAGGUUGUCCAGGAUGCAAAUCAUGCAACAGAGAAGAAAGACCUGAGCUGUGAUGUUCAAAGGCAGGGGGAACAUGCAACAGAGAAGAAACACCUGAGCUGUGAUGUUCAAAGGCAGUAGGAGCAUGCAACAGAGAAGAAAGACCUGAGCUGUGAUGUUCAAAGACAGGGGGAACUUGUGACGAAAAAGAAGAGCAGCUUGAAAGAUAAGGUGGGCUUGUUUUUUUGAGUAGAGCAAAUCGAGUGUUUAGGCAGUAGAGUACAAAUCCAUUUACUAGGAUUAUGUUUAUAGUGGCCUUUUCUUUUUCUUUUGGUGAGUUAGCUGGUUUCAGGAGUGUACAUCACCUGUAAAUAUAUCUAUCCCACAGCGUUUUAGCUUACAUGUAACUAUAUGCUUUGGCCUCACAUAUAAUGAGGUGGUUUAUUGAUGAUGUAAUAAGGCCGCCGCUUCUGUCAAAUUGCACUUGUUUCCCUGUCUUGAAAUGGAUGGUUUUCUUCUGGACGGCCGAA